AGGGCGGGUCAUCCCCAGGCACGUGAUGGGAGGAGGGCGGAGACCCGGGAAAGUGCCUAGGCUCGGAAACCGGAGUUUUGAUUUUCUUUUGCCUCGGUCCUUCCUACCUUUAUGUUGUCUAAGCUGUGCGGCCCCGGCCGUCAAUAUACAGCAGCAGACCUCGUGGUCCUGAGACUGCCCAAUGGCCCCCAGCCUUCCGUGCACCCUUCUUCCUGGUGCGACCUGUCGUCUUGUCACGGCGAGAUUCUGGAUCUGCGCUGCCGGUGCCGGCUUCUUUCUUGUAUUUUUGGCUUUGCAUUCUCGAUUUUGUGACUCGCCUGUUUUCAGGAAGUUUGCUUUUCAAAUUUCCUGGAGAACUGAGGAAAUCCCUUACAGCCUGGAUGUGGAUUGGCCUAAGUAUUCUGAAUACUUUACUGGAGCAACAUUUUGUGUUGCAGUUGACUCCCUCAACGGAUUGGUUUAUGUAGCCCAAAGAGGGGAUAACAUCCCAAAGGUAUUAGUGUUCACAGAGGAUGGAUAUUUGCUACGAUCCUGGAAUUAUACAGUUGACACUCCUCAUGGUAUAUUUGCAGCCAGUACACAACAUGAACAGUCUCUUUGGAUCACGGAUGUAGGAAGUGGAUCCUAUGGUCAUACUAUUAAAAAAUACAAUUCCUUUGGUGAUCUUGUUCAAGUCCUGGGUACACCAGGCAAAAAAGGCACUGGUUUGAAUCCCCUGCAAUUUGAUAACCCCGCAGAAUUAUAUGUAGAGGACACAGGAGAUAUAUACAUUGUGGAUGGAGACGGAGGAUUGAAUAACAGAUUGAUCAAAUUGUCCCAAGAUUUCAUGAUGCUUUGGCUGCGUGGAGAAAAUGGAACAGGACCUGCAAAGUUCAACAUACCUCACAGUGUUACAGUUGAUUCAACUGGCCGGGUGUGGGUUGCUGACCGAGGAAAUAAAAGAAUUCAAGUAUUUGAUAAAGAUACCGGGGAAUGGUUAGGAGCAUGGAAUAAUUGUUUCACAGAAGAGGGACCAUCUUCAGUCAGAUUUACUCCUGAUGGGAAGUACUUGGUCAUAGCUCAGCUGAAUCUUAGCAGGCUCUUAUUUGUGGCAGCACCACCAGCAGGAGGAAUUGGUGACUGUUCUGUGAUCAGUACAAUCCAGCUAGCAGAUCAAGUUUUACCUCAUCUCCUGGACAUCAGUGGAAAGACUGGAGCAAUCUAUGUAGCAGAAAUUGGAGCAAAACAAGUACAAAAAUAUGUUCCUUUCAAUAACUAUUUCUCUUCAUCUGGCUCAUAAUGUUUCUUUUUCUGGAGGUCUUUGAAGUGAAGUUCAUAUCCUCAAAUUCAUUGUUAAGUACUUAAAAAUAAUGUUCAAGCACAAUCAUGUUCACUUUUCCCUUACCUAGUGUCUGAAAUAGUUAUUAUUAUUUUUAAAUCAUUAAGGGUCAUAUGUUUUGUUGCUUUUCUGUGACCUGGUAUUUCUUUUAUAAGUGCAAAAGGAUGUAUUAAUGAAAGAAACUGACUUUUAAAAAAGUAGGGUUGAAAAGAAAGACUAAAGUCAUAACUUGGUUAUUUGCCCCAUUGACUAAUGCUCUAUGAGGAAAAAAAAGCAGCAAUAAAAGUGGUUUGUAGGAUAAUUUAUUGAAUUUCAUAUGAAGAACUAGAGGACUGUAGUUUGUUCACCUUACAGAAAAUUAACUGCUUGAGACGCAGAGUCUGAUGGACACACAUGUGUACCCAUAGAAUGGCCCGUCCUGAAGAUUCAAAAGUGAAGAAGCAGGCUUGGUCUGGAUGUGCCUUUUGAGUAGGUCAUAGCCCAGUGGGGAGACAAGGCACAACACAGUGUCAGCCCCACAUGGUGUGGUGGGACUUUUCCAGGAAGGAGCAUUACCUCUGACUGAGGGAGUCAUGGAACUCCAGGGGAUGUUCAUUUGAGCUCCAGCUUAAAAACUGGAGAAGAAAACAUGGUCCAUGUAGACAAGUUAUAAAGUUAUAAACUUGCUGUGAAUUUAGCUAGGCUUUCUCUUAAAGACCCAGCAUAACCGGUACUUUAUGAAAGGUAUGUCAACCUUUAAAACAAAAGGUCAGCAGUUUAACCAACAAAAUCUGGGCUUAUAAGAAAUGAAGAAUUGCAGUUUGGAACACUCAAAUUAUGAUGAACCAUUGGCAAGUCUGAAAAACAAGAGGAGUAUUUAGAGGAAAGGAAGAUAUUGGGAGGGGUGGUUUUGAAGGAAAGUCCUUGGAAGAAGCUGGGCAUUUGGCUUCUCAUUGGCUACAGGGUAGACAGGCUGCAUUGCUGGUCAGCAGAAAACCUUAAUCUUCUGCAAGCUCGGCUGAGUGACCUUAUGAGAGCUCUCCCCUUCAGAACUUCCCUCUUCCAUUCUGAAUGAGGUUUUCCUUUAUUCAUUUUCACAAUAUUAAACUUGACCUUGAAAUGGCUAAUGUCUUAGCACUUUACUGAAAAGGUCUUUACAACUACAGGCUCACUUCAUUGUGGGUUUGGCUUUAGAUCACCACAACAAAGGGAAUGUUGCAAUAAAGCUAGUUAGGCAAAUUUUUUUGUUUCCCAGUAUAUAUAAAAGUUAUGUUUACACUAUAUUGUGGUGUAUUAAAUGUGCAAUAGCAGUAUGUCAAAAAAAUGUAUGUACUUUAAUUAAAAGGUACCUUAUUGCUAAAAAAUAUUAAGGGGAUGUGGUAGCUGGUUUGAUCUUUUUUGCAGAUCACUUACACUGUCUCCAUUUCAGCAAUAAGGCUGCUUUGACUUCUUACCAUUUGUAUGUUCACUUUCAAUUCCCUUCAAGAUCUUGUCCUUUGCAUUCACAGCUUAUGUAAGAGGCCUAUCUCAGCUUUUGCCAUGUCUUCCUCAUUGAAGCUUCCUUAUACUUGAGCUCCUAGAGGCCAUGGUAGGGUUAGUAAUUGGCAUAAUUUUGAUAUUGUCAUGUCUCAGGAAGUAGGGAGACCCAAGAAAAGGAGAGACGGGGGGAAACAACUGCUUGGUGGAGCAGUCAGAACACACGUCUAUCGUUCAAAUUCACUGGCUGCUAUGGGUGCAGUUUGUGGUGCCUCAAAACAAUUAUAAGUAAUAUCCCAGAUCACUGAUCACGGAUCACCAUAAUAGACAUGGUAACAAUGAAAAAGUUGGAACUACUGUGAGAAUUACCAAUAUGUGACACAGAGACAUGAAGUGAACCCACACUCUUGGAAAAAAUCACACUAAUAGGGCUUCCUCUAUGCCAGUUUGCCACAAACCUUCAAUUUGUAAGAAAUGCAGUUAUCUGUGCAACACUGUAAAAUGAAGCACAGUAGAACAAUGUGUCCCUGUUCUUAGUCUCAGCCUUUAAAUGUUGGACUUAAAUGGCUGGCUUCUGAGCACUUUACUGAAAGGUAACUUUACAAAUAAUAAUUGUUUUUAGUAAUGAAAAGGUAGCAUUAAAGAUAGAACCUCUCCUCAGUGCCUCUUUCUUCUUUUUUUAACAUGAACUCAGUUCAUUCCUAACAUCUGUCUACCUCUAAGAAGUUUUAGAUUUACUUAUAUUGGAAUGUGUGCCAAACACUCUGAGCUAUUAAGAGGAAGGAUUCCCUGCUUUCCUGCUUCUGUGUCUCACUUUUCUCCCCUUGAUCUAGCUUUCCAGUUAGGACCAUUAUUUUCAGUUUGAUCUAGGUUUUGAUAGAACUUUGCCAUAUUAUGAUCUUUCAGGUCAUUAUCUCCCUCCACAAUAUCAGGCCUCCUGCUUUCUCGUAGAGUUUCACUGUAAAUUGUGUAGCAAGUGAGAAAUCUUGAAAAGACUUUCUUCAUCACCCACAAUGAGGGAGGUCUGCUUUCCAGACCUCAGGGGACUCACACUUGUCUUACUGCUUGGAUGGUGUCUGAAUACAGCUCAGUGGGUCAAUCUACCAACAGGAAAUUAGCCCCGUGUUCCAAGGUCACUGAUAAGUGUGUUUGUGCCACUUAUAAAGCUGGAGUGUGCUCUUUCAUAUCUAUAGCUCUCUGAGUACACCAAAGGCAUUUUAUAAACAAAGGUUUUUCUAAAUGUGUUGUUUACCUGAUACCAUCUCUCAUGUUUGCCUCAUGUUCACAUUUAUUACUUUUAUUAAAAGAUAUCCUUAGGAACUUUAUGUUGCAUAGCCAAUAUAGUAAAUUGAUUUGGAUCAAAGUUUUACUUUCAGGCUUUAUGUGUUUUUAAGUCAGGACAGGAAGGACACAUUAUCUUUAAAGGAAUGCAGUUAUAGAAGCUAAUUUUGUAAUUUCAGAAAUGUAUGUAACUUUGUUUUAUACCAAAUUCUUAUAAAACUUGCUGAAGAAAUUGAUUCUGUAUAUCUUGCUAAAAGUGUUUAUUAACGUAUUUUUAAUCUUACUAUUUCACUUAGGAAUAAUUGGUUAAAUGGAUAA